GAAACGGGGGCAGACGGUUGAGCUCGUUUGCGAGUCGCUGGCGUUUAAAGGGAAGGGCGUGUGCAGGGUCGCUGACACUGGGUUCGUCGUCAUGUGCGAUCGAGCUCUCCCCGGCGAGCGAUUCCUCGGCCGCGUCUCUCGCAAGAAGGGGAAUUACGCCGAGGUGACAAAGUUGAAGACAAUAACUCCACAUCAUGACUCUGUAGAAGCACCUUGUGAAUAUGCUUCAGAUUGUGGAGGCUGCAAGACACAAAAUCUUUCAUAUGAGGCACAGGUGAGAGCCAAGGAGCAGCAAGUCCAUGAUUUGAUUGUACAUGUUGGAAGGUUUUCAAUCAAAGGUACUACCAUUUUGAAGCCCAUUGUACCGUGUGAUAUUCAAUUCCACUAUCGGAACAAGAUGGAAUUUUCAUUCGGUGCUCAAUGCUGGGUACCGAGAGAUGUUGCUAUGGUAGAGCAAGCUCUUGCUGAGAAGGGUUGCUCAUUGGGGUUGCAUGCCCCUGGAUUUUUUGAUAAGGUCCUCCAUGUGAAUAAAUGCUUAUUACAAAGUGAAGCUGCUAAUAAGGUUCUUGCAGUUGUUCAAGAUAGUUGGCAAGAUCCAGAUUUAGGCCUUACUCCCUACAAUUGCCGAUCUCAUGUUGGAUUUCUUAAACAUCUGAUGCUGAGAACUGGAAGAAAUAUCAAGACAGGCUGUCCAGAAAUAAUGGUUAAUUUUGUGACAUCAUCUUACAAGCCUGAGCUAUUGGAGCCACUUGUGAACAAUAUUUCAGCUAUCCCUGAAGUGGUCAGCAUCAUGAACAAUGUGAAUUCUUCUGUUGGUAAUACAUCUGUGGGAGAGGAGGAAUACACUCUUUAUGGGAAGCCAAAAAUUACAGAGAUAUUGAGAGGCCUUACGUUUCAGAUUUCACCCAACUCUUUCUUCCAGACAAAUUCACACCAGGCAGAAGUCCUCUAUAAGCUUAUAGAGGACUGUGCUGAUCUCAAGGGAGAUGGCUCAGAAACUGUUCUUGACCUUUUCUGUGGAACUGGAACUAUCGGUUUAACACUUGCAAGAAGGGCUAAGCAUGUAUAUGGAUAUGAAGUAGUGCCUGAAGCCAUCGCAGAUGCCCAACAAAAUGCUCAACUCAAUGACAUCUCUAAUGCUACAUUUGUUCAAGGAGAUCUGAACAAAAUUGAUGACAAUUUUGGGCGUGACUUUCCAAAACCUGAUAUUGUCAUAUCAGAUCCGAAUCGCCCAGGCAUGCAUUUGAAGCUAAUAAAAUUCCUACUCAAGCUCCGUGCACCACGCAUCAUCUAUGUAUCUUGUAAUCCGGCCACAUGUGCCAGGGAUCUUGAUUACCUUUGUCAUGGUCUGGCCGAUCAAGGCAUUGAAGGAUGUUACCAGCUCAAAAGUGUACAACCAGUUGAUAUGUUUCCUCAUACUCCUCACAUAGAAUGCGUGUGCCUUCUAGAGCUUUGCUGACUACUGAUUUUGGUCCAUGAGCCAUCCUGCUAGUCACAUCGGUGCAGAUCGAGCUCAUCAGUCCAAGCGAAUCCAUUUUUCUAAAUGAGAUGCCAGCUCAUACCCAACAUCCCAGUUAUUGUUGUGCCAACUGUUACUAAAGAUCCAUACAGCACAAUCAUUCACAUAAUCCUUAUGUUCUGCAUGGAAGAAGGUCUCUUCGAUGUAUUGUACCUUGGACAAUUUUGAUCUGAUUCAGAAAUUUUCACAUUUGCUGAACUCAUUUGUAGCAUAUGUGCGUAAAGUUUUGGUUUGCUGGCUCUGAGUUUCUUUGAUUUUGGUUCGUUCCAAACUUCAGUGUGUGUACUUCUGCAAUCGUAGUUGCAGGAGGUUCGUCGUAGCAAUGACCGCUGUUGAUGCAUGUUUCGAGUGCCCAUGAAAGGUUGGUUUCAAAUGAAAUCUUGCAGGUUCUUCAUCGACGGUCAGGAGGAAGAUCUCUAUAUCUUGUUGAGAUAUGCAUCGACUGAUCACUUCUGCUCCUUUAUGAAUAGUAAUUAUGACGUGUGGAGCUUGAAUAAAAGCGUAUAAACUGAGCUUCGUUGUUGCAAUUGAUGAGAUAGCCACGAAGUCUCUCCUUUGUCCCACUGAAAGAUAUCGCGCUUGUGCAUGUCUCUGGACUGAGUUCUAUAUUGGGGAUUCGCUAUCAGAUAGCAGCUAUUCUUGUACGGUUCUCUCAAUGAGAACGCUUGUAUUUUGGAUCAGCGGAGUACUUGUGUGUAUAUCUUGGCUCCGUUUGGAUA